CCGAAAAACGUUCAGUCACUCUAGAGCAUUGGGCAACAGAGAUCGUGACGUGUGAGCAGUCGAGAGUUGCCAUUCGUUCAGAGUGCGCGGGCGCCAAGUUUCGAGUGGCCAAAAAACACGUCGCCGAGCCAAGAAAGAGAAAAUAAAAACGUGUAUGGAUUUGUGUGAGAUCAAUACGCCAGGUGGAAACAAUGCCGCUAGACAAAUGCUGAUGGAAAGUUGAAGAGACGAGAAAUUUCUGAUUGAAUGACCACGAGCGCACAACUUCUUAAACGCCAACUAUCAAACCCGACGAACCGAAACUUGCGCUGCGCUUCGAAUUUUUCUUCCGUUCCUUAAGUUGUUCCUAUUCGAAGAAUGACUCACGGCGCUCCAGCGAAAAAGAAUCCGGCCAACGACGAUGAAGAAGUGAUUCCGCCCCCAGACGGCGGAUGGGGCUGGGCCGUCGUAUUCGGUUCCUUCAUGAUUCACAUUAUCGCUGACGGAUUCACGUACACGCUGGGAAUUUUUAUCGUCGAGCUGAUGUGGUAUUUCGACGAAGGCUCCGAGCGGACCAGUUGGAUUGCUUCCAUCAUGGUUGGCGUCACAUUAGGAUCGGGACCUAUUGUCAGUUCCCUGGUGAACAAAUAUGGCUGCCGGACCAUCACAAUCGUCGGAGCAUUGAUUGCAGCCUUCGGGUUGGGUAUCAGCACGUUGGCGACGAGUGUAACCACCCUUUACGUCACGAUCGGAUUGCUAGCCGGUUUCGGUUUCGGACUGAUUUAUCUGCCGGCCAUCGUGAGUGUCACGUGUUACUUUGAGAAAAAGCGUUCGUUCGCCACGGGCAUCGCCGUUUGCGGUUCGGGCAUCGGCACUUUCAUUUUCGCUCCUCUAACCGAGGCCCUCAUCAAUACGUACGGCUGGCGCGGAGCUCUGCUCAUCAUCACGGCCAUCACCCUCAAUUGCAUCAUUUUCGGAGCACUCUUCCGGCCCCUGGAGACGGCCAGGCCGCGACGGAAGAGAACCACUUCCGAAGUGGCUGUCGAAAUGGUCGAGAAGGAGAAGCUGAUGGCCAUCAACGAAGAGUCUGCCAACUCACCGACUCAUCCGAGCGGAUCGGAUCCCGUUCGGCGCAGCGUUCACGACGUGCCCGUCAACGGCGAGAUGCACAGGAUCAGUCAGCAGGAGAAGAGCACCACCAACAACACGCUGACUGUCAACGCGGCCGUCGGAGACGCCUCGAUCGCCCGGAUGGCUCGCAGCCAGCCGCAACUUCUCCAAGUGCCAACGGCCGACGUGAUGGCCGGCGAGGAGAGCCGCAAGUUCGGCAGCUACGGCAAUUUGCCCAGCAGCAAUCGGGCCGACGCCGAGGCCGGCAUGUCGGUUUCCAGCCGCAAGGGCUCGACGGCCGGGUCGCGCUCCCACCACGGAGGAUCGGGUGUCAUGUACCGCAAGGACGCCCUGUACAGCGGCUCCAUGGUCAACAUACCCGAGUACCGGGCCGACCCCAAAGGUUUCUCCGGCUCGGUGAUGCGCAUCCCGCCGGAUGACGGCUGCUCCGGAACGACCGACUCCAACGAGAAGGUCAAAGUCUGCGGCUUGAUCCCUUGCAGCAAGACAUCCUACGACGCCUACAAGGAAAUGAUGGACUUUGGCCUGUUGAAAGACCCCGUCUUCAUUCUUUUCACCGUAUCCAAUUUCUGUACCAGCAUCGGCUUCAACGUACCUUACGUCUACAUCAAAGAUAAAGCCCUCGAGUUGGGAAUUCCAUCGGCCAAUGCCAGUUUCCUCUUGUCCGUCGUCGGAAUCGCCAAUACCAUCGGUCGUGUUAUUCUCGGCUACAUCUCCGAUAAACCUUGGCUCAAUCGUCUUUGGCUCUACAACGGAGCUCUGACAGUCUGCGGUUUAGCUACUGCCUUCAGCGCUUUCUGUGAUGAUUACGUUUCGUUGAUCGUUUACUGUGCAUCAUUCGGUUUUACAAUUGGUGCCUACGUCGGCCUGACAUCCGUCAUCUUGGUGGACUUACUCGGACUGGAGAAGUUGACCAACGCCUUUGGGCUGUUGUUGCUCUUCCAAGGCAUCGCCUCCCUUGUUGGCCCCCCUAUAGCAGGCCGCUUGAAGGAUAAUCUCGGCUCGUAUGACGCGGGUUUCUACUUGGCCGGAUCGAUGAUUGCCAUCAGUGGUUUGAUGCUCUUCUUCAUUCCGUGUCUACAACGCUGGACAAAGUCGAAAGAAACGAAAGCGGCCGACAUCAGCACCAAAGCCGCUUUGGCGCCUAUUCAUUAGAGUUAUAGGCAUCGGAAAAUACAACGUAAGAGGCCUCUUCGUAAGAGGCUGAAAUUGAUAAUCAAGAACUUCCAUUGGAAUUUGCCACAUACGUCUGCUAGAAAGAUGCAAAUGAUUAACAAAUGGAAACGAGAGAGAGAGAGAAAAAAAAUAUUUCAAUCCACAAUAAUUCCUCCCAGGGUACGUCAUCUUUCGAUAACUUCAGUUCAAUUUGUGUUUAACCUUGCAUCCAUGCAGUGCAUAUCCCUUCCUCAUUUAUCGUGUCAUCCAUGUUAGAAAAAAAAUAUUGCAAUUGAUGGAAAUUGAUAUAAGAUGCUGACAUCAUAUCCCAGUGUGGUCCAAAAUAUUAAAUUCUUUUUGAUUAAUUCUUAAUUGAAAUAUAUUGCGAAUGUAUAUGUGUGCGUGUGAGAGUGCUUGACAAAGUUGUCACUGCCUUGUUUUUCCCAGUGUGCCGUUUCUUCCGGCAAUAUGUGUAUUGUGUAUCUUACUUAUUCUUUAUUUUUUAAACAAAAAUAGGUAAUUGUCACGUA